AUGCAGUCGUCGACUCACUCAAGUGAAAUCUUUAUCUCUAAUGAUCUGGUGAAUGAUAAAGAGGUAGAGGCCAAUACCAAGCCUAUUGCACGUCAAGGUGAAAUCGAGAACGUUCUCAGUACAGUGCUGUCGCCAUAUGGCAAAGAAGUUGUGAUUAAGGAUGCGGAUGUGGAUGAUGCAAUGAAAAUGGCCGGAGAGGCCAAAGGAUUGAAGAUCACUCCAGAGGAGGAUAGAAAGUUGGUCUGGAAGAUAGAUCUUUGUAUGUUUCCAUUAAUGUGUCUGUUGUAUGCUGUGCAAUUUAUGGAUAAGAUUACGACGAGUUCUGCGGCGGUGAUGGGUCUCAGAGAGGAUUUGAAGAUGCAUGGCAAUCAGUACUCGUGGGUCGGUUCUGCCUUCUACUUUGGAUACCUGCUCUUUAACCUGGGACCUGGUCAGAUAAUUUUUCAAAAGACAAAAAGAAUGGCUCUGCUUUUGGCUGUGUUUGUUGUUAUCUGGGGAAUGGUUCUGGCACUUCAUGCGGCUCCCAGCGUGAACUAUGCUUCUUUUAUCUUUUUGAGAGUUCUGCUGGGGUGUGCAGAAAGUAUUGUUACACCCUGCUUUACUAUCAUUACUUCUCAGUACUGGAAGAAGGAAGAGCAAUUCACCAGGGUGUCGAUCUGGUUCGGUAUGAACGGUCUGGGAUCUAUUAUUCUGAGCGCAAUUGCCUAUGGCCUAUACAUUAGGCAGGACAGCUACGCGAUAAAAGCUUGGAGACUUUUGUUCAUCAUAACAGGCGUUAUCACCAUUUUUCUCGGGUUUCUGAUUGCAUUAUGGAUCCCUGAUGACCCAUCAAAGGCACGUUUCCUGUCCAAAAGAGAAAAGUUGAUGGUCGUAGAAAGAAUUAGAAGCAACCAGCAGGGUUUCGGUAAUCACCGCAUCAAAAAACACCAGAUUGUUGAAGCUCUGAAGGACGUUAGGACAUGGCUGUACUUUUUGUUUACAGUCUCCUCGAAUAUUCCAAAUGGUGGUAUUACAAAUUUCAUGGCCAUCUUGCUUCACUCCGACUUCAAGUAUUCCACAAAACAGACCUUUUUAAUGAACAUGCCAACUGGUGCGGUUGAAUUCGUCGGUUGUCCAUUAUUCGGCAUACUGGCUUUGAUAGCCGCUAACAGAAGGAUUCCAAUCUGGAAAUACAAGUUAACUUGGGCCAUUUUUUCUGCAAUUCUGGCAUUGAUCGCCAGCUGUAUGUUGGGCUUCGCCAACGGCAACGGUAAAGCUAGACUUGCUGGUGCUUACUUAUGGUAUAUAUCGCCGGUCUCUUUUAUCUGUGUGCUUUCCAACAUCAGUGCCAACUCUUCAGGUUUCACCAAAAAAUGGACUGUUUCAUCGAUAAACUUGGUCGCCUACUCCGCCGCCAACCUUGCAGGACCUCAGACUUUCAUUGCAAGCCAGUACCCCGACUACCACGGUGCCAAGGUUGCCAUGGUGGUUUGCUACUCCUGUAUGAUCGUUAUACUCGCCGCUCUGUUCUUCAUCAAUUGGAGAGAAAAUAGACGACGUGACAAGAUUGCCGCUGAGAGAGGUGCAGACGGUGUUGCUGUUGACACCGAGUUUGCCGACUUAACAGAUUUUGAGAACCCAAACUUUAGAUACACUCUUUGA